AUGGACAUCUCUGGUUCAGGAGAAUGGGAUAACGGUGCAACAAAACCGCAACAACAACAACAACAACAACAAUCAUCAAGUAGUACAAGUGAAUAUACAGGAGGAGAAUAUUCAUCGCAACAAAGCAAUGAACAAAGAAAUGAAUCUUAUCCUCAACAUCAAAUAUCAACAACUGUAACAACAAAUCGUCCAUCAAUGAAUUCUUAUGGUGGUAGUACGGGUCAAACAGUUAAUUCAAAUGGAAAUAAUCAAAAUCCAUCAGGAACAAAUACAUAUAAAUUAAAACAACAAAGAAAUUAUGGAAGUAAUCGUUAUGAUCCAUUGGGUGCUCAACAAGCUGGUUAUCAAGCACGUAAUGCUUCACAAAUUCAAGGUCAAUGGAAUAAUGGAGUUGCUGCUGCUGUUGCUGCUGCUGCACAAACAUCAUAUGGAGCAUUUGGAAAUCCAUUUGGUCUUCCACAUCAUUAUCAACAACAAGCUGAUAUGUAUGCUGGAUAUUAUGGAACACCUCAACAAACAUCUUAUGGACCACCUGGUACUCAACAAGCUGUUUAUGGUGAAUAUGGUCAACAAGUUAUACCACCUGAAUCUCCUAAAGGUGGUCAUGUUGUUUAUAUUUAUGGAAUUGGACAAAGAGCUACUCAAGAAGAAAUUUAUGCUUUAUUUCAACCAUUUGGACGUGUUCUUCGUGUUGAUAUUAUUAUUGAUUUUAAUACAGGUUUAUGCAAAGGAUAUGCAUUUGUCGCCAUGGAACAAUAUCAAGAAGCUCAGAUGGCAAUUCAAAGUUUAAAUGCAACUCCAUUCCAUGGUCGACAAUUACAAGUUCGAUUUAAGACAUAA